CAGCCAUUGGCUGGUUCAAAAGGGAAACGACACAAGAGCUAACGGCUCGCUGACUUUUCUCUUGUGUUGCUCUGGGAACAGACGUUGUCGUUUAGGUGAUUUGUGGAAUAACGCAAUCCGAGAUUAUGGCGGAAAGCGACUCCGGUGAUCGCUACGAGUUCGAUGCCCCGUCUCACGUCGUGGACUUCGUGGACCUGGAGAACGACGGAAGCGAAGACGUGUGGUUCGACCAACAGGCUGGAGGAGCAGAUGGCCAACUUAAAACUCCAAGGCCUGAACAAGGCUUCAGGAGAUCUCGCAUGCUGGACCUGCCUAAAGCCAUCGUGGCCCCUCAAGUCAAGGCAGAAGAGGACUCUGGUCCCAGUGCAUCCAUAUCUCGACCUCCAAACCUGGUCACAUCCUGGGGCGAUGGAUCUCCUGCUCGGACUGGUGCACGGCCAAAGAGGAGCGCUGCUAACCAACCCCCUGCCCAACCACGCAGGGUUUCAAAGCGUAAAGAGACGGCGAGCUGUCCGGCACCACCGCCAAAAAAGCCCAAACAAACUCCUCCUGUUGCCCGAGGAUCCAGCCGGGUCCGCCGCAGCAAGGCGCCGCAGAAUACCAGGACGGCACCCAAGAGCCGGGCAGCUUCUUAUUCUUCAAACCCAGAGCCAAACAGCUCUGAAGAACAAGAGCUGGAGCGCAUCAGGAAGCUCCAGGAGGAAGUGGCGCUGCAUCGCAGGCAGAAUGAGGCCAGCUACAAAGCUGCUUUGGCUGGCAAUCCACCCCCAAAGAAGAUGAUCCUGACAUCGACUGUGCCCAAAGAGUUCAGCUUCAACACCCGCGCCAAGGCGCCCGCCUCAGCCAACGCAGCCCACAAAGAAGUGGACUUCAUCAAUCAGCUUCGCAAACCCUCCUCCCCGGCAAAGGCUAUGAAAUGCGCCACCGUGCCAAAGCCCUUCAACCUGUCGACCGGCAACAAGAGGGGGGCGGAGGAGUCGGCUGCCUACGUGUCCGUGGCUCAGCAGAUCGAGCAGUUCCACAAACGAACCCCCGACCGUUACCAUCUGCGAAGUCGCAUGAGUCAAGAGAGAGGGCCAGCAGUGGUGAAGGGUGAUAAGAUGAAGCUCACCCAGCCUCACACCCCUAAACUGAUGACCUGCCAAAGGAGCCGGCCAACCAACGUGAAGAGCAGUGCUGAGCUGGAGGCUGAAGAGCUUGACGAAAUGCACAAGUUUAAGUUCAAUGCCUUGGAGCUGAACAGGAAGAUUCUGCAGAGCGCUGAGCACCUGAAGAAGCCGGCCGUGAAGGAACCCACUGUCCCCGAAGGCUUCGAGCUGCAGAUUGAGAAGCGUCUCCAUGAGAGACAGGCCACCAAGAAGCCCCUAGAGGGGGAGGAGAAGGUGCACACCUUUAAAGCCCAGCGGCUACCCAGGAAGAUCCUGGAAGGAGUCGUGGGAUUGCCCGAGAGGAAAGUUGUGCAGUCAACUGUUCCAGAGUCUCCAGCUUUUGCCCUGAAGAAGAGAGUUCGUGUGGAGAAGGUUGAGGAGGUCAAACAGGCCACACUCAUCAAGGCCCCCCCACUGCCUCAUUUUGCCCUCCCCUUCCAGCCCCAGCUCCAAGAGAACCACCAUGUGGAGGUCUGCCCCUUCUCCUUUGAGGAGCGGGACCGAGAGAGGAGGGCGUUGAAAGAGAAGAAGCUGAAGGAAAUGCGAAACGGAGAGGUACCGCAGUUCAAGGCCCAGCCACUGCCGGACUUCGACGCGGUGCUGCUCCCAGAGAAGAAGAAGCUGGAGCCCACGAAGCCCGAGCCCUUCAGACUGCUGCUGGAUGAACGGGGAGCUGUGAGGAGCACUCGCUGGGAGCAGAUGGUAAAAGAAGAGCAUAAACGAGAGGAAGGAGUGGCGUUCAAAGCCAGGCCCAACACGGUCACUCAUAAAGAGCCUUUCCAGCCCAAAAAGGAGUCCCGGGCUUCAGUGGUGGUGGAGGCCUUCGAGCUGUCGACGGAGCGCCGGGCCACGGAGCGGCAGGAGUACGAGCGGCAGGCCAGUGAGAGGGAGGCUCUGGGGAGGCUCAUGGAGGAGAGGCAGAGACGAGAGCAGGAGCAGACGGAGAAGGACGACAUUGCCCAGCUGCGGAAAGACCAGGUUCACGCUGCUCAGCCCAUCAGGCACUACAAGCCGGUGGCCGUGAAGAAGAGCGAGCUUCCUCUCACGGUGCCUCACUCGCCCAACUUCUCUGACCGCUUCCGCUUGUGAUCGCUGCCUCACUCCUAGAGAGAUCUGCAUAUUUUACACCUUUUUUCAAAUGUAUUUUGACCAACUUUGCCAUUAUUAGUCGGUAGAAUUCUGGCUGACGUUGUACAUCGAUGUGUAUUUGAAGCGACUAACGUGGUGUUCUCUUUGUUCCAUGUAGAGCUUUAGUAACAAUGUGCUUUAUAUUCUUUCCUUUUCUAUCUUAACUGACCGGCGAUUUACAGUUAGUCUCCCUUUUAUCAUACAACUCUUAAAUAAAGUUAUACAAUUUUACAAAUUA